AUGCGAAUUAAGCAGCGGGCGCUAGUGCUCAAGCGAGAGUGGAUGGUUAACGAUCCGAACGCCAAGUCCGGCAUGAUCAUCGUCUACAGGUUUCAACGUGUGCUGCAAGAUUUUGAUUUCGCGUCGCGGAACCGUUUGGAUGUUGUCCGUUCCCCGAAGACGAAGUCCCUGAAGUCUCUGAGGGACAUGAUCAUCACGCACGCGUGUGAUCUGGCCGUCGAAAUCAUUUUAGUAGAGCCUGCGGUACACAAAACGGAUGGCACUCGCUCAACGGCGCUUCACACGGCCGCGGUGGACAGCGCUGCCGGUACAGUUGUGGAAGCUGUCAAGGAAAACCCACCCGCGAGUAAGACACCUGAUGGUGACAACGCGGAAAGAAUCUCGGAGGCUGGGGGUGAUUCAUCCACGGGAAUCAACAGGAAGGUCAACGACGCGGCAAACGAAAAGGAGCUUGCCGCGCCAACCGCGGGAGAGAACAUCGCAGCUGAUGCAGCUGACAAUGCCAGGCCGCUCCGCGCAACCGAAAAUCGGUUGGAGGUUGCCAGACGUGUUGGUGGCAGCGGUGGAAAAUGGCCGAACAAGAGCGACAACCGCUCCGUCGAACAGCUCUCCAAGCUGCUGGCGCUCACGCUUGCGCACGAGGUGGUGCGUCUCGAGGCCGACGUCCGUCGGCUGAAGGAGUUGGCCAAGACGCAGGAAAGGCAGUUGGCACUACAGCGGGAGAAGUUGGUGGAGAUGAUGGCCAGCGCGGAGGAGACCCAAGCCGGUUUUGAACGGGAAUUGAGGACCAUGAACCACCUUGUAACCCGCGUCGACGAUUCGGAUAAGCGCGGACACGAGGAUGUUGCUAAUGCGGUCCAGGAGAUGCGUGUGGAGAGGGCAAACGCGACUUCGCAAAGGGAGACGGUGGCGCUCACACUUGCACGUGUUGAGGCCGCGUUGGUAGGGUUGAAGGCCAUGAUAAUUUCCGCGAUUAGCAGUGCCGCGGAGUGGACCCGCGUGGAGGUUUGGCAGAAGCUCGUCGGCUUCGAAAACUCUGUUGCAAACGCGGCGGAGCGUGGUGCGGCGCGGAGACUAUGA